AUGACAGAAUAUUGGAAAGCAUCACCAAACUACUGGUGCAAACACUGCGCCUGCUACGUCCGCGACACGAAGCUCGAGCGCCAAAACCAUGAAGCCACAGCCAAGCACCAAAACGCAAUCAAGCGCUCACUACGAGACCUGCACCGCAACCACGAGCGAGAAGAACGCGAAAAAGAACGUGCGCGGAGAGAAAUCGACCGUCUAAAUGGAGUAGUUACCAGCUCCUCGCCCGGUCCAUCACGACCGGGACGCGCUUCCGUUCCAGCGGGCGCAAGCGAAUCAUCGCUGAAGAAACAACGGGAGCAGUUGGCUGAGCUGGGUGUCGCAGUGCCGGAUGACUUUCGAGGGGAAAUGGCCAUGCCUGGCGAGUGGACGGUCACGAGUACACGGGUCGUUGAGAGCGCGGGAGAGGGAGCGGACGAGGACAAGAAGGCGAGAGUUGCGACGGGGGUACGGAAGAGAGAGGACAGGGAGGAGGAUAGAGAGGAGGAGGAUGCUGUGAAGGGCUUGUUUAAGAAGCCUAGGAGGUGGGGGAGGGAUUCGAAGAAUAUGCCUGAGGGGGAGGAUGAGGAGCUGGAUGCGUUGCUGAGUGGGACGGUGAGGUUGAAGGGGGAAGAGGGUGUGAAGGAGGAGGUGAAGGAGGAGGUCAAGGAGGGGGUUAAAAAGGAGGACGAUAUCAAGGGUGAACCGUAUACGGCGACGAGUGGGAUACAUGAUGGGGUGGUGAAGGGGGAGGAGGAGGAUGGAGGAGCGAAGGUCAAGGUUGAGGAGGAGGCUGGUGAUUCGGGAGUUGCGCCGGUGGUGUUUAAGAAGAGGAAGCCGAAGGGGUUGCGGACAAAGUAG